GGCGCACAUGAAUGACGUUUGACGUCCCAAUGACCGUGAGCUGCGUGAAACCCCACUCUGACAUCCAUGCUUUAGGAUCAAGCAUACACAAAACCAAACACAAUGAUGAGUUUAGCGGGUUUAUUGCAUAGUCUGAGACGUUCAUUGCUUCACUUAGAAGGAAAGCUUCUACAGUCUGCAGGAUUUGACGGACAUUUGGCACCUGCGCUUGCAUUGAAUGGCCCUAGACUGCAGGUCCAACCCCAGCAGGACGAGCAUCUUGAUGAAGAGCAGCAGAGCCCAGAACAGCCGCCUGGCAUCCUGGACAACAUUAUGUGGAUGGCAGCGCCUAAGAAAAGACGCUCUAUAGAAAUCAACCGUACUAGAAGAAGAGCCGUCGAAAAACUAAUAAAAGUCCAGGACAACGUGGUGCCGUGUUUGGAGUGCGGCCACCUAAAGCAGAAGCACGUCCUGUGUGGGUUCUGUUACGAGAAGGUACGCAGAGAAACGUCGCUCAUUCGCAUUCAAAUAAACGCCCAGGAAGGAGGCCCCCUGAAGGCUCCAGCCACUGAAACGGUUGUCCUGUAUGAGGGAGAGAUGCCGGGCGACCAGGACCAAGACAAGAGGAUAGUGGAGAGAGCAAGGAAACGACCCACCUGGUUCACCUAAUGGGAUUAAACGUCGGAUUGUGUGAACACAUUAAGACACACAAAUAUAUUGUGCGAGUACAGACAGUUGAAUGGCAAGUUUUUUGCCAUUUGGUUUCAUGUACUUUAUUUGUAUGUUAUUGUCUCAUGUCUACGUCUGGAAUUCAAAAGCAAACUGUUGCAUUGUGUUUGUAAUUAUUUUACAAUACACCAUAUGGACAAAACAAGCAACUCAUAAAUGUUUAUGUAAUAUUUUGCUAAUAAAAUUAUCUCUAGCCAUGUUUCCGUAAUCAGAUCAUUUUUAAAUGAAGUGAAUGGAAGCUUUUGGUUAAACUACUGCUGUAGCCAUUCGAUGUUACAUUUAUUAUUUAUUCCCAAAGCAGAACAAAAUGCAUGAAACUUUUCUUAAAAGGGCAAUAACCAUAGGAUGACACUAUUCGAAUGGUAUGCUCUGAAAAGUUAUACUCUUGCAGUUCCAAGGUUUUAAACGCCAUUUUUAUUGUGCAAUACUUACAUCACAGCAAACAAAAAGAUGGCCAAUAAAUGAAAGACGUGGCAAAACAAAGCAUGCACAUUUCAUUCGUAUCUUGGUACAACAGUGUUGCACAUAAAAUAAAACAUGAAUGCUUGCAAAAGGGUGAAAGUCAUUUUACAUACAAACUUAUUGACAGAAUUAAAUUAUGGUGGCGUCAAUGUUCUUUG